CAACCUCACCAUACCCGUCACCACCAUCGUCACCAUCGAGAUGAACCUGAAGCCCGCGAAGGUGGCGAUAUUGGGCGCCCGCGAGCCGCUGUUUGCGGGCCGCGACUACGACGUCGCCUGCCAGAGCAGCGACGGCCGCCCUCCCGCGCUCCUUACCUGGUAUCUCGACGGCAAGCUCAUCCCCGGCAUCGCGCAGCCUAGUGGCGGCGCAAAUAAAUCGCUCUCAACGGCCCGCGUCCACGCCACGGCCUCCCUCAACUCCGUAUCCCUCACAUGUCGCGCUCAGUCGCCCGUCAUCAGGCACCGGCCUAUAGAAGACACGUGGCAACUUGAAAUAUAUUAUCCUCCACAGGUAGAAGUUCGUCUUGGGUCAUCGUUGAGUCCCGAAAACAUACGUGAAGGCAGCGACGUAUACUUCGAGUGUGUCAUCAGGUCCAAUCCGAAGAUCUACAAGAUCGAGUGGUUCCAUAACAACUCGUCGGUGCAGCACAACGUGUCUUAUGGCGUGAUCGUGAGCAACCAGUCGCUGGCGGUGCAGCGCGUGAGGCGCUCCCAGGCGGGCAGCUACGCCUGCGCCGCCGCCAACACCGAGGGCGACGCCCGCAGCCAACACCUCAACCUCGUCGUCCAAUUCAGCCCGACCUGCGCUGGAGACCAGACGCGCGUGUACGGCGCGGCUCGUGAGGAGACCAUCACGGUGUCGUGUCGUCUGGAGGCUUCGCCGCCCGUUGUGGCCUUCAGCUGGCGAUUCAAUAGCAGCGGCGACGUCGUCGAUCUCAAAGACGAAUAUGUCGCGUCUGAUGGUCUCAGUUCUCUGCUGCAGUACACAGUGAAGUCGGAACUAGAUUACGGGACCCUUUUGUGCUGGGGCAGUAACAUCCUAGGAAUGCAACAGGAGCCUUGUGUCUUUAGAGUUGUGCCAGCUGAACCUCCGGAUGCGCCUGAGAACUGUACCUUCAGAAACCAUCCCAAUGAAACGUUCUCUGUCAUUUGCGAGCCUGGAUAUGAUGGGGGUCUGAAGCAAGAGUUCGUGGCUGAGGUCAUCGACAUGCGAACUCGAAGGUUAUUGUUGAACAUCACAGAGACGACCACUCCUUACUUCCAGCUCGUAGGUAUCGCUGGUGAGACCAGCUUUGUGGUCAGAAUAUACGCCAAGAACUCCAAAGGCCGCUCAGCAAUGAAGAUCAUGCGAGGCUACACUGACAGAGAUUCCACAGAGCGACACAUAGCCCCCGUGAUGGGCCAGCCCUCGGCAAAUAACUUCUCUGACGUGCCUAUCGCCCAAAUUUUGGGAUGCGUCGUCGGUGUCCUCGGGAGUCUCGUCUUGAUAGCAUUGGUCGCCGUGCUCGUCGUGCGUCUCAAGAAAGAUAAGAAACGGCCGUCGAAAACUAAAGUUGCCGCCGCUGGAACUAAAAAUGAGGAUCCUGAUCUGAUUCCCAAUAGAGGUGCGGCGGACGACGACACGCGUCUUACAGCAACGCCCGUCGAAGGAGGAUUUGGCGACGUUCACAGCCUCAGGUCGUCGGAAAAACAUUACUCGCAGAUGGCUCUUGGUCAGGUGCUAUACCCUGAAGUGGUCUACCAGAUCCAGGCCCACCAGUACUCGCCAGAACCUCAUCAGGCUCUCAUCGUGUCUGCUGAUGGGGUGGAUACUCCUUGCAGUCCAGUUUCCCAGCACCAUAUCAUCCCAAAAUCAGCCUAUUCCUCUUCUCCUUCCCCAUCCCACUCACUGCACACGUCCUCCCCAUCUCCGUCAAGUGGGCACUGUUCCAUCUCCACGCAGAAUUCCUGCUCAACAGUCCCCACUGUGGCGUUCAGAUCUCCAUCACACAUUAUUUAUACGGCCGCUGCCUACCCUGACUCCCGACGCAUCAAUCCCAAAGAGUAUUAUGAUUCACUGCCGUAUCCUCCGACUGCGUAUCACGUUCCCAUCUCUAUACCACUGAGUCAGGCUGGCCCGCUGAUGUAUACGAUACCUGGACGCUCGAGCAUCAGCAGUGAUCAGUCACCUGGUGAUUCUUUGCAGUACAGCGACACAGAGAUGUCCGAUAGCUCUUCACUAAGAUCAAGAAUUCGUUACUCGAGCAUGCCUUCUGGCGCGUCCGCAGCCAGUUGUCUCCUGACCGUAAGCCCUGGGAACCCUGAUUGUGUCACGGCGCCCAGUCCUGUUAGUCUUAGUGGUGUUGUCAAUGGUGGAUGCAGUGGCAAUAAAAGAACAGUAUACUCCACCGUGCCUGUUUCUGGGUAUGGAUAUAAAGUGCAGUCCGAUGAUCAUGGAGUCAAAUCAUCAUUAGUUAGACCGGCCACCACUAAAAAAAGAGAUCUGCCAUCAGCCCUAUCGCCAUUAUUAGCAAAUCAGAAAGAAAGUGAAGUUUGACAAUUCCGGCGAGUCUUUUCCAAGUGUGCAGAAACUAAUUUUACCUUUUUUCUUAUGGGGCUGUCUCUACGGAAAACUAAUGAAAAAUGGUACACAAAUCUUACAGUCACAGCGAAUUUAUUAUAUCGAUUCACUUCUAAUAUACAUGUAAUCUGUACUAAUUAUUAAUAAAUUAUAAUUUUGUACAUUUUAUCUCAACGAUUGCCGUCUGUUUGAAAGAAAGAAAUGCGAGCGAUGUUUCGAAAUUAUCUUCUUUAUAUUAUUAAUUAAUUGAGGUAUUUCAUGGCGUUUGUGCGCUUAUAAAUAAGUGUGUACGGUUCAGGAAGGUUUUACCCCCACCACAGGGUCAUACUUCAAUAGCCUCGUUCAGUUUUCACAAUAUCGUGGAUCAUCUUCUACGACUUUUUUGAUGUGCUGAACAUAGAUAAAAUUAUUUUAUUCCGUCCCGUUACCUAUGUCACAUUUUGCAAGCCUUCUAUCCCUGGUGAGAAUCAGGCUCUUCGCUUAUUAUUACAUAAUUAGGAGCAAGAAAAAAUUUCUCUGACUUCCACGUAAUCAAUUCUGAAAUUUUUUAAGGAAAGUAUCUUAUUAAAAGCGUGUUCAGAGUUGUCAAAGAAGAGCUGUCCCCAAAAUCAUACAAUAUCAAUAUUACGAAAUAACGAAAUUCCUUAAAUUUUAUACAACUUAUCAAACAUUAUAGUUAGCAAUGACGCCCCUUCCGCUCAUACAAUUCAAAUUAUAAUUAUGUAUCUUCUCCUCAUGAAGGUUUUAAUUAAUUCCUGGCCCUAUUUGACGUACAUAUCGCACACGAGUGUCUUUUUCCCGCUAUAUACGAGUACAAUACAUACGAGUUCCUAUAUAUCGCUCAUCUCAUUUCUUUUAAGUAUAUUGUGCCGUAAAACUUACGCCGAGCAUUGUUCGACUUUAAUUUCUCGUGUAUUCAUGAACGUAAUCAAAGAUGUAUGAGAUCAUGCUCCAAAUAUAAGAUAUUGCCGUGAUAAA